UUAUUCUCUCCUUCAGUACUCUAUUUGCCUCCCUCAGCUUAUUGCCUUAGUUUCUUUCUUCAACCUUUGCAAAUGGGGGAAAAAAAUUAACAUCACUUCAAAUCUGACUCCAUUUUUCUGAAUCUAUAAUCAAUUUCCUGUUGUUUAUUUGAUCUGGGCUUUCAUUCUUUUUUAUUUUUUCAGAUUAAAUUUGUCUCUGUUCGUCGCUUAUAGUUUACCAAGACUCCACCUUUUUCUUAUCCGUUACUACUGAAAACUAUUCAUGCAGCCACAAAUCUCAUCUGAUUACUGAUUCUUCUUUGCUUUCUGAUUGGUGGAGUUCUUUUUUUUGUUUAAAAAUCAUUACUUUUGAUUUUUUAGGAUGCGAAUGGCUCUUGUCUUUUUAUGAAGGCAGCUUCUUCAUCUGAGUUUUUGUUCUCUCACUCAAAUUGCUGAUCUUGAAAUAAAAAAAAAAAGAAAAAAAAAUGGGAAGAGGCAGAGGAAAAGGGAAGAAACAGUCUGCUAUUGCUUCGCGUGACGAAAAUGGAAGCGGCGAAGAGGAUAAGUUACCCGUGAGAAGAAGAGGAAGACCCUUAAAACCGAUGAAAGACGAAAUCGAAUACGAUGAGGAAGAAUUGGAGGAAAAGAUAGACGGAGAAGAUGAAAACAAUGGCAAGAAGAGAAAAAGGGCUUCUCAGGUUAAAGAAAUUGCGGAUUCGGUUACCGAGGAAGAUGAUGCUACUGUUACGAUUAAAUCUGUUGGUUUUAGACAAAACGGAAGCAGAAGGAAAAAUAAGCCUAGACGAGCUGCUGAAGUUGGUGUUGAGUGCAAAUGAUAUGAAUUUUGCAUUGCAUGCUCAUAUGGGAUUUUUGAUUUCUUUUUCGAGUUCGUGUUUUUUGCUAAUGCCCUUUUUGAAGAAUUCGUAGAAUUGAUUUGUUUUGCUUUAAUGGAGAAUAUUAUUGCAACCAGUUUCUUCUUUUUGAUAAUCUUUUUUAU